AUGUCUGAGCCGUUCUCAGAUAAGGAAAAGUCCAGGAUGGAUCUGGUCGUGCACUCUUCCCGUCCCGCAAUGCCGUUCAAUGAGGAAGAUCCUGAGAUCAAGUCUGAAAUCAAGACCGAGAACAACGGACGUCUUUCACCACUGUUCGAGCCACAGGAUGUGGCAAAGAGAAGUAUCGACGAUGAAGCUUUUGGAGUCAAGAGACCGAAGCUGUCUACUGAGUCUGGUCCUCUCGCAUAUGGUGGAGGUCUAGUACGGUCGUACGUUCCUGGAACGGAAUACAAGUACUCAAAACACGAGGCUGUUCCACAACUUGAAAUGCACAGCAAGCACCAUCAAGAAGCCAUCGAGCACUUUCUCUUCAAUAUGAAAGAGAUCGCGCUGCCCGCUAUCACUCCUUACAGCAACGAGGACAAAUCAGUCAACGACACUGUUGAGUGGUUGGAGAAGCACGCCAAUAUUCCCGCGAUACCACCAACCCUUNUUGCUCUGAGUGGUAACAGUGGUUCGGGUAAAACGAGCACUCUCAAUAAUGUUCUUGGCAUGUCUGGUCUUGCCAACGCUGACGCUUCGAUGGAGAGUGUUACUCAGAACCCACAGAUCUUCAACCAUGGAAUCCCUCAGGAUAUAAUGUUCUCGGUUGAGGUCUUGUUUCUCAAUGGGCGAGCCAUUGAAAACUUGAUCAAGAGAUGCGUCACUGAUCUGGUUGCCUAUGUCAAAUCAAUGUCAGGCGAUGAAGCUGAAGAGAGUGACUACAUCCGCGAUUCGGCCGAGUCGAGCAAGCAAGUAUUCGACGACCGGUUCUCUCACCAAGAUGGACUGAAGAGUCUGGAUGAUGUCGAGGAGUUCUUGGAGACCAGAACCCUUCUUCUUCAGGAUGAUGAACAGAUUUCUGAGUCAGCUAUUGAUUCUCUGUACCAGCAGAUCAGAGAACGUGCUUCUUCCGAAGAUAUCGACUUGGACUCCCGCAAAACUAAGCUCACCGCUGGAAAUGUUGGAGAGCUUCGCGCAAAGACUGCCAGGUNNUUUUCUGAACGCGGUGCCUUCGCACCUCUUGUCAGCAGCAUUCGCGCCAAGNUUCUGAUGAGUAUUGGAAUCGCCGACUUGCCAGGAUACACGGACACGAACAUACAUCUGCGCAAAACAUCAAUGGCAUACUCAAUCAAUUGCCCAAAGGCCAUCUUCGUGGCUGAUCUGUCGAGAUGUCUGACUACCNCCGAGCUGAAGAAAAGCUUAAAAGAAACCAUCAAACUUAAGGGUGCAGAGAAUGUUUGCUUGGUUCUUCGCGGAAGAGAACUGAACAGCGACGACCAGAUUAUCACAGCUCAAGCCACAGCAGACAUUCAAGCCAUUCGACGCCAGAUUCUUGAGCAUAGGGUCACCGUCCGCGAUCGUGUCCUUACUGAUCACUUCUCUCAGAAAGAGUAUCAGAACAAGCAUGACGCUAGCAAGAUACGUGUCAUCACAGUUGUCAAUAAGUGCCAUGAGUACUACAUGGCUGGCUCCCUAUAUCACAAGGCCGUGCUUCCGUUUGACAAGACCGGCAUUCAAGAUUUGCGGGCUUAUAUGCGUGAGACUCCUAGCAGGGAUCGUGUUCGAGCUUUUGCGCGUCACUCUGCAAACUACAUCACCAAGAUGCGCCACAUUUCUAUCUGGGCCGACGGACCUAAGAUGCCUCCUCGCGAUGCUGCAAUGGCCCUGUUUGAGGAGUAUACACGUUGGGGUGUUCAGGGCUACAGAGUCUCGCUGAUGAAAUCCUCGACGCAGUACAAGAAGCUCCUGAACACGCGCUUCUCCAGCACAUGGGCGGACGCGGCUCAGACGACAAUGGACGGCUGGACUGUUGCAUAUGCAGCCCGUACCCAAGGCGUCCUCAUUCGUCAAGGUGGCAGACACAGCCCUGCUCUCAAGCGUAUGAAGACCAAGAAGCCACAGCUUGUCUCUUGGAUUGAAGACCUUCUGCUCGUUGUUGAGGACGAUGUCAUGUGUCUUCUCAAGUCAAGUUGGGAUGUUAUCAACGAGGUUGACGGAAGUAUCUGCGAGAACAUCUCUGACGUUGUCGAAAAGAUUCGCCAUGGCCUCGAAAUGCUGGACACUAUCGGAGGCGCCAACCCGGAAGGCGUUUUUGAGCUUUUCGAAGAAGAGAGAAAGUUUUGCAUCGGUGAUAUCAAGGAGUGCAUCAUUGAGCUCAAGACGAACCUGAGGUCAACCGCAAUGAAGUCUAUCGCCGACGAGCCGUGUGACGAAGACUCGCCAGUUUUUGUCAGGGAGAUGUUCAAGAUCUUCACAACCACUUUCACGAAGUUCCCACCCAAGACCAAGAACGUCACAAAUGAGCGCAUGAAGUGUAUCAAAGAACAAGUCCUUAACGGCAAAGGACCUUACAACAUGAUGUCCAACGAGAUCUCUGCUCAGAUGGUUCCGGUCAUCAAUUCAUGGGCUGACAAGACCACUACGCGAAUCGAAAAGAUGCACGCAGAUCUUCGCGAUGCUCUCUUCAAGUCCUUUAAGGGAAAGAAGAUGUCAGACGCCAGACGCGAGCAGAUUGGUCCUUUUAUCAAGGCCGCCAUGACGAAGGCUAGAGCUGUUCUUCAAGCCGAUCUCGAUGGCUAUCCGGCCGACAUCAUUUAA